AUGGAGGACCCUCAGCUCGCGGCAAUGAUGGUAGCCAAUGCCAAAAAGCAAGCAAAUGAAAAUACCAGAACCCAUUGGAAUCGAAAUUAUGAGGAAUACGUUGUGGAAUCCACUGGACGAGGUGGUGGUGGGGAAGCUCCAAGGCGUAAACAACAGGAUACAAAGGCGCAACAUCUGGCAAUGCAAGCCUCACUCUUUCAAGAAGCUGCUUCUGCUUCUGCUUCAGAUACAAACGGGAACAAUGCAUCAUCCUUAGAUUCCGUAUAUCCGAUGCAACGAGUGGAUACUCGAAAGACUAGCAAUGCAGCCGAACAUCGAAAUAGUCCUCAUCGAAAAGAAAUUACACUGGAGGAUCUACAGCAGCAGCAACAACAGUAUGCUGCUUCGGAUGUCUCGUCUUCCAUUUUUGGCGGCUCAGAGUUCUCCAAUCUCUCAGUUCCAUCUACCUCGGUGCAAACGAUUCAAGCCAGCAAUACGAAUACGAAUAGAAAUGCGAUUGCGAAUGCGAAUCAACAAUAUCAAAGUCAACAACAAUAUCAAAGUCAGCAAUAUCAAAAUGAGCAAUAUCAGCAACAGCAAUAUGCAUCUUCCUCUGCUGCUGGUGUAUCCGAUGUCUCUGCGUACGACUAUUCGGAUUUCUCCCUGCCGUCCGUCGGUGCUUAUGCGGAUUCGGAUGUUCUCGUUCGUCAUUCCAAAGAUUAUUAUGCAAGCCCUAGUGGUGGUGGUGAAGGCACCACGAAUGUAAAUUUGGAUUCCUUGUAUCAGACUGCCAGUGGCGAAAAUGGUAACUCUUCCUCCUCGUCUCAAUCGGAAUUUUCUUCGGAUGAUUCGAAUUCUUCGUCGUUGGAUGCUGAUGCGGGGGCCUUGGAUUUGGAAGACGAAAUAGCUCAAGCAGCAGGCCUGACGAGGAUGAUGAUGUAUCCGGACUCGCCACUCAACAAGUUUGGAGCGACACAUCAGACACGUACUAAUGUUGGCAAUAAUCCUGGUAAUUAUGCUGGGAAUAAUGCUCCAAGGGUAGUGCCAAUGUCUUCCCAUUUGGUAUUGCCGGAGGAUUCGGAAUCGGAAGAUGGCAUGAUCUUUUUGGAUCGAUCCCCCGCCGAGUCACCCAUUCCUCCUCUUUUGCACAAUCAGCAUGCCUUCUUUCGAGACGAACCACAUCGACUCAUUGAUUCUCCGAGUCGCAAUCGCAUUCAUGAUCAUUCGCACCAUCAGGAUAGUAUGGAUAUGGAAACGAGUACGGACGACCACAACCAAAACAACAACAGCAACAGCAACAAUACAAUUACGCCCACCAAGAAUGCAGCGCCCUUGUCGGCAACCUCUCCUUUUACGAAUCAUCAUCAGCCAAACAUCACGCCUACCAAGACGCCAAAGACGAGCAACACGGAGCAAUCGCGAAACUAUCGAAAUGCCAGCAACAUCAUUUACCAAGACAGCGAUGAUGACAAUGAAACCUUUGACGAUGACGUGUUUCGGGGGAAUCGAAACAAUGUAUCGCUGAGCAGUGACGCCCUUAAUGACAUCAGUCGGUUUGAAGAUGAGCCUCGCAAUGGUGGUGGUGGUGGUGGUGGGGAUGGACAAGAAGUCCGAGAGCAAGAAUUUCCAAUUUGUGCCGAAUUUUCCGCCUGGACCCGGCGAAACCGAUUAUUGUUGGUCGUUUUGAUUGGAAUCUUUCUUUUAACUUCCAUUCUGAUUAUCAUUCGGACCGUUACGGCCGACGAGGGGGCCAUUCAAGACAACCCACCCAGUCUUGCGGAUACCAUCAAAUUGAAUCGGACGGACGAUGACGAUUUUCAAAUCAUCAUUGUCAAUAAUACCCAAGGUGGUGGUGAUAAUAAUAACAAUGAUGAUAAUGAUGAUGAUGUCCCAGCCACGAUAUCCACAACACCAAAUCCCACGUCGGCACCCAACGAUUUUGUGAUUCCUUCACCACCACCCACGGCCCGUCCUACACUCCGACCAACUCUUAAACCACCCACUGCUGAACCCACACGACCACCCACCCAGCGACCGACACGGCGACUAACCCAAUUUCCUACCAUUGACCCCUUUGGAUUCAAUCGAGAACAAUUCCUCUUUCAAGUAGCCAACGAAGCUUCCAGUGCUUCCAGCUUACUCGACGAAACAAGCUUUCAGCAUCGUGCCUUUCAAUGGUUGGUCAAUGAGGAUGAUCCUUCCAUAUUGGAUCCAGUUGCCAAACUAGGAAAGGGACAUGACAUUGCUUUCUAUGAGGAAAUCAUCGACCGGUAUGUCAUGGCGCUCUUGUACUUUUCCACCGAUGGGCCGAAUUGGAGAAUCCAGUACAACUUUUUGGCGGCCACGAGUAUCUGCGAUUGGAACGAUGGAGGUGCGGGAGCGGCCACCGAGGGUGUAACGUGCCGUUCCACCUUGGAUGCAAAGGGCUAUGUGAUUGAAGAAAUUGUACUGGAUGUCAAUUCUUUAGACGGUAUUAUACCACGGGAGCUUGGUCAAUACACGUCGCUAAAGAAGUUGACAAUGGGGUCCAACAAUCUCUUUGGUGUAAUUCCGACGGAAUUGGGAACUUUGCAGGAAUUGACGUAUCUGGGGUUACAACGAAACUUUUUGAUUGGUUCUAUACCGGCUCAGCUUGGAAGGUUGACCAAAUUGACAGGCUUGGUGCUUCACGACAAUGGUUUGAACGGCCGUAUCCCAUCCACAUUCAACCAACUGAGCAACUUGUCUCUUUUAUUUUUGGAAUCCACAUCGCUCACGGGAAACUUGGAUCCUUUGUUUUGUGAAAGUGGUCAAAUCUAUCAAAUGUUUUAUGCCAACUGCCGAGGGAAUCCUUCCUUUGUUUCGUGUUCGUGUUGUUCGCAUUGCUGCUUGGAAUCGGGGGUUGGGUGUGAGCGUCAAGCGACAUCUCGAAACGACAAUGAUGGUGUGUUGAAUUAA